AUGGAUCUAGAGGAGACUUUCAGGCAUUCACUGUACACGAGUUAUGGAGAGAAUAAGUGUAUCUUGCUACCUAAGGACGAAUACAUUAAGACUGUUGGCGAGUUGCUCAUCAGAAAGAAGCCAAACCAGGAACAUCCACUGUACUUCGCUACCAUCGAGGAAACCUUUGACAUCAUCAAGCGCGCCCACAUCGCUACUGGUCAAGGAGGACGAGACAAGAUGAUCAAGGAGAUCAACAAGAAGUACGCCAACAUCACCCAGGAUGCUAUUACCUUGUUCAAGUCCAAGUGCAUCGAGUGCCAGAGAAAACGGAAACGGACAACUACUAAGGGAAUUGUCGUCAAACCAAUCCUGUCUAAGGACUUCAGUUCCAGAGCGCAAGUUGACCUCAUCGACAUGCAGUCUAUGUGCCACGGUCAACACAAAUGGAUCAUGGUGUACCAAGACCAUCUUACCAAGUUCUGUAUCCUGCGUCCUCUCACUUCUAAGCGUGCAUCGGAAGUAGCUUAUCAGUUGCUGGACAUCUACCUUCUGCUGGGAGCCCCUUCAAUACUACAAAGUGACAACGGGUCCGAAUUCACAGCGCAAGUUAUCACUGAGUUGAAGCAGAUGUGGCCUGACCUCGUCAUCGUUCAUGGGAAGCCGAGACACCCCCAGAGUCAGGGUUCAGUGGAAAGAGCCAACUGCGACAUAAAAGACAUGUUGAUUGCAUGGAUGAGUGACAAUGACACACGGGACUGGACUGUUGUGCAAUUUCAAAAGAACUCGAGCCAUCACACUGGAAUCAAGCGUUCUCCCUUUGCUGCUCUGUUUGGUGCCGAUGCGAAGGUAGGAUUGACAUCAUCCAGUCUCCCCCAAGAUGUCACUGCAAGGUUGCAAACUGAAGACGACCUCCUGUCUGCAGUAUCCCAUCCAAACCCAGUCGAGCAAUCCAGCGAGGAAGCAGAACCUGUACCAGUCUCACCCAUCUCUGUACGUCAGGAGGAAAUUAGCCUGCAGAGAGAGAGUGCCAGAGAUGCCCAGUUCCAGCAGGCAGAGAGAAUGGUCAAACGAAGUCGCAUUGUGUUUUCUAGUGUGCAAAUCGGAAGCAAUGUGACAGUGCCCAUUCCUUCGGUUGACAGAGGACGUGCAGAUCCUAGGAACAUCAUCGGAGUUGUGACAGAGUGCAGUGACAACAAGUUGUACACAAUUGCUGUAAAAGGAGGAAUAUUGGAUCGAAACUACUCUAGAAACCAAUUUGAUGUGUGUGCUACGACCUUGUAUUCACCCGAUGAUGUCUGUACAGAUAAGGACAUUUCCCUGCGUCAAGCUGUGCAACUGGACUCAAAAUGCGGUGGACAAGGUUUCACGAGAUGUAACUGUGCUGGAAGUAAGAGGUGUCAGACAAAUCGAUGUAAAUGCUUCAAAGCCAGAUUAGUGUGCAAUUCCCGCUGCCAUUCAAGCCUGCCAUGCAUAAACAAGAACUGUUGUUGA